CAACACCCCGAUCGGUCUUUACCGGACUGACUUUGAAACCCUYCUGAACUUUGGACGUGUUUCUUUACUGGAUUUGUCGCUAUAAGACAUCGAUUGAUCGAUAGAUCUUCUCUAUAAGAACUAAAGAUUUUCAAUUUGGAUUUGACGAAUCUGUGAAUUUGAAGAAAGAUGUUAUUUUAUGCGUGUGUUUUGACGGUGCUCCUCUUGUUUCCCUCGAAUCAGGCUAAAGAUAUUGCACCGAUUCACAAGAAAGGGUACUGUGUUUGGUAUGACCAAUGCAUUAAAUCUCCAGAUGGCAAGUCGCUGAACUGCCUCUACAAUGGCCCAGCCAAGGUCCUCAACGAUACAAAGGGGAUCAGCUUGCUGAAGAAGCUCUGUCCUCAGUUUUCGGGGGACCACCGCACUUGUUGUAGUACCAAACAGCUUGUAGCAUUGGAUAGUAAUCUUAAUACCCUACGCCAGUUUACGAGCCGUUGUCCAGCAUGUUGGCAAAACAUGUUGGAUUUGUUCUGCGAAUCAACAUGUAGUCCUGAUCAGUCUCUAUUUAUGGACCCUACUCAAGUCGUAGGUUUUACUCCGUCAAUUUUGAAGAUUGAGUACUAUGUUUCUCCAGAAUUUAAAAAUGGGCUAUUUGAUUCUUGUAAAAAUGUAGUGUUUCCUGGGAAUAACGAGUUGGUGUUGAAUCUGCUAUGUGGCGAGAGUGCUGAAACAUGUACACCGCGUAAACUGCUUAAAUAUAUGGGCAGCACAAGCAAUGGAAUGUCUCCCUUUGAUUUAAUAUUUCCUGAUAUCUUACCCCAAAACCUAACCUGGAUGAAUCAAACUAGCUAUCAAUGCAAUGAAAGUUUUGUCAACCCAUGGACUAACAAGACUUCCACGAUAUGCAGCUGUCAGGACUGUGCUGCAUCUUGCCCAUACAUCCCUCCUGUACCUCCAACACCAAAACCAAAGACCAUCCUGGGUCUAAGAGUACUUUCAUUCACUCUGCUUAUCAUCUACUUGGUAUUCUUUUUCACUUUCAUGCCAAUAAGUUUCUACUUCAUCACAAAACAGAAAAACCAGUACGCACGCAUAUCAGAUGGGCCAGCACCUGUUUCAUCAUCGAUGCCAUAUACCAAUGGCCAUAAUCCAAAUGUUAUCAAUGUGAGGUUUGCGCGGAAGCCAGGCAUGUGCGAGAGAAUGGGCUUCUGGAUGGACAGGCAGCUACGAGUAGUUUUCAGUACAUGGGGUCACUGGUGCAGUUGUCAUCCAUUCAUCGUCAUCGUUGGUUCUAUUAUUUUCGUUGGGGUGUUAGCCGGAGGUUUGAAAUUCUACAAGGUUAUAAAAAACCCAGUAGAUUUGUGGUCUGCACCAGGGAGCAGGGCUCGUAAAGAAAAAGACCUUUUUGAUUCCAAGUUUAGGCCAUUUUAUCGUACCGAACAGUUGAUCAUCACUGCAAACCCUGACUACCCUCAGAACCACACAGGUUACCUACAGUACCCUGAUGAUAAGUUUAUACCUUUUGGAAAUAUUGCACAUUUGGAUCUAUUGAACCAGGCCCUAGAUUUACAGCUGGUAUUGACAUCAAUGAAGGUGCCGUUCACAGAGAAUGGAAAAGAACAWAACAUGACUCUUGAGGAUGUGUGUUACAAACCCCUUUCUCCCUUGAAUAACAAGUGCGUCAUCCAGAGUCUGUUUCAGUACUUCCAAAAUGACAAGAAAAAACUCAAUCGCUGUAUUACUGCCCUGGCGCAUGAAUGUAAGCCUGGCAUGAAAGAUUAUUUCAAAGCAGAUUUCCAUGAUCACAUACGAUAUUGCACAAGUGCUCCGACAUCACUUGAUGACAAAAAAUGGGGUGGAGGUUCAUGCCUGGGUGAAAACGGUAUCCCUAUCAACCCAAAUAUUGUCAUGGGAGGAUUUAACGGAACUGACUACAACAUGGCAAAUGCUCUCAUUAUUACCUUUGUUGUCAACAACCACAAAGACGAAAGCAAGAAUGCCAAGGCAGAAGCAUGGGAGAAGGCCUUCAUUGAGUACAUGAAGAAUUAUGUUGCUGACCCCAGCAACAGCAACUUGACCAUCAGCUUCACUUCUGAAAGAUCUAUUCAAGAUGAGUUGGACAGAGAGAGCAAGACAGAUAUUGCUACCAUCAUCGCCAGUUACAGCAUCAUGUUUGCAUAUAUUACCAUCGCACUGGGUCAGGUCAACUCCUGUGAUAGGAUUAUGAUUGAUUCCAAGUUCACCCUUGGCUUUUCCGGCAUCAUCAUCGUCUUGUGUUCAGUUGCUUGUUCUAUUGGGUUCUGGAGUUACGUGGGCGAACCUGCAACCCUCAUUAUCAUUGAAGUCAUACCAUUCCUUGUUUUAGCUGUUGGUGUCGACAACUUCUUUAUUUUGGUACAAGCCUACCAGCGUUUAAAUCGCUAUAGCAAUGAGGAUGUACCCAAGAAAGUUGGUCACGCACUUGGUGAGGUUGCGCCCAGUAUGCUUUUGUCAUCAUUGGCUGAGUCCGUGGCUUUUGCUUUUGGUGCCAUGUCCAACAUGCCUGCUGUCAAGGUGUUCUCUCUCUAUGCUGCAGUAGCAGUCUUUAUUGACUUCCUUUUCCAGAUCACAUGGUUUGUCGCACUAAUGUCUCUAGAUGCCAGGCGACAAGAGAAAAACCGCAUGGACAUUCUCUGCUGUGUGCGGAACAAGGACAGUAACGCAACACACCAAGAUGGAUUUUUAUACCAGUUUAUCCAGAAACUCUAUGCCCCAGCAUUGCUAUCAGAUUACGUGCGACCAUGCGUCAUUGCAUUCUUUGUUGCUAUGCUUUUUACUAGCAUUUCAAUGACAGCCAGGAUAUCUGUUGGACUUGAUCAAGAACUGGCACUACCAAAGGAUUCCUUCUUACUGAAUUGGUUCAAGGACCUAAAACAUUACCUGCAUGUGGGAUCUCCAGUGUAUUUUGUGCUUGAUGGCCAGUAUGAUUAUGAACAUGAUCGAGGGCAGAAUAUGAUCUGUGGUUCUGCAGGCUGUAAUUCUAGUUCUCUUGUGCAGCAAGUUUUCCGAGCCUCAUUACAACCUGAGAGUUCCAAGAUUGCUAUGCCUGCCUCCUCAUGGGUUGAUGACUACUUUACUUGGUUAGACCCAAGCAGUACUUGCUGCCGAAUUCUACACAAACAGUCCUGCAGCAUGGUUAACGUCACCAAGUCAUCCUUUGUUAAUGGGACAGAGGUGAACUCCACUAACCCAGUAUUAAAGUGUGGAGUAUCUACUGAACCUGUCAGCCCACUCACCUUUUGUAAUGCUACUGUCGAUAGCAAGCUGUGCUUACCCUGUUUGAACAAAUCUCAAUCAGGAGAUCGUCCAACCUCCUAUCAGUUUGACAAGUUCUUGCCAUUCUUCCUGAAGGAUAACCCAGAGAUGAAGUGUGCAAAGGGUGGUCAUGCAGCUUAUGGCAAUGCUUUACAACUCAACAACUUGUCCUAUCCUGGUGUUAAUUUUCUAGUUAACUCAUCAUACUUCAUGUCCUAUCACACAAUUCUGAAGACCUCAGAUGACUUCGUGGCUGCCCUCAAAAGUGCUUAUGAAAUUGCAGAUAAGAUCACCAAGUCUAUUAACAAUCCUAAAAUCAAAGUUUUCCCAUACAGUGUAUUCUAUGUAUUUUAUGAACAAUACUUGACUAUAGUCACUGAUGCCUGGCAAAAUCUCUUGUAUUGUGCUGCGGCAGUAUUUGUGGUCACAUUCUUAUUAAUGGGAUUCAAUCUUAGUAUUGCUGCUAUAGUAACAUUCACAGUAGCCAUGAUCAUAACCAACCUGCUCGGCUUAAUGUACUUAUGGGAUAUUAAUCUGAAUGCAAUCUCUUUAGUUAAUCUUGUCAUGGCUGUUGGCAUAUCAGUGGAGUUCUGUUCACAUAUAGCACGUGCUUUUGCUGUCAAUCUUAAAGAAACCAAAAGAAAACGAGCAGAAGAUUCAUUAGCCUACAUGGGCAGCUCUGUUUUUAGUGGAAUUACUCUUACCAAGUUUGGUGGUAUUAUAGUAUUAGCUUUUGCCAAGUCAAGGAUCUUUGAGGUUUUCUAUUUCCGUAUGUACUUAGGUAUGGUGUUAUUUGGUGCUCUACACGGUCUUGUUUUUCUACCAGUAUUCUUGAGUUAUGUUGGACCAAAGCCUUCUCGUGACCCUGACCUUGAUAAUGAAGAAGACGAGACAUUACGAGGGAGCUUUAUAAAUGGUGAAAGAAAACCAUUACUUGGCUCAAAUUAUUCAGCUAUUCAAUAAGAUUAUCUUUCUAAUUGUGAAUGAAAGAUGAGGGAAAGUGAAUAGAGUUGCUUGGAUGUGAUAUUCGGAAACGAUAUUCAUUAUAUCAGACAGCAAGCCAGUCCACUUUUGUUACAGUGCAUCAGUACACCUGAUGGCUCUAUAGAAUUGAAAAAAAAAACCCGUUUGAUUUACUUGCAAAAGGGAACAAGAAAUCAAAAAAUGCAGACACCGCAUUUACCAGAACCAAUUUUAUCUUUUGGUAAACCUGUUUGACUUGUUACCCCAAAUUCAGGUUGGUUUAAUGAGACUGGUGAAUAAUGGCGGCCAUGUUGGAUGGCUGAAAUAGAAAAAAUCUAAAAUUUGCUCCAUGAUAUUUAAUUAACAAUUUUUUUUCUGUCAUGCAACAUGGUUGCCACCAUGUGACCUCACAGAGCUCCAAUAAACUUGAACUCUAAUUGAAAUAUUUCUAUAAAUAAGAACAAAAGCACAAAAUUUUAUGCUAAAAAAUAAUAAUUAGAGGGUAUUAAUUAUCACAGGCAUAAUAUUUAAUUAACUUUUUUUUCUGUCUCGCAAAAUGGUUGCCGCCAUGUGACCUCACAGAGCUCCAAUAAACUUGAACUCUAAUUGAAAUAUUUCUAUAAAUAAGAACAAAAGUACAAAAUUCUAUGCUAAAAAAAUUAUUAGAGGGUAUUAAUUAUCACAGGCAGGAAAUCGAUAGACAGUUAGAAAAUCAGGGUGYUUUUAUUGGAAGACUCUUGCUGCUGUGUAGCAUGGUUCUUAAGAUGCACCAAACAACAGCGUGUAAUAAAUAACUUUUUGUAGAA